AUGAAGCUGGUGGGGCUCACAGGCGGGAUCGCCUGCGGCAAAAGCACCGUCAGUAAGCUGCUGGUCCAGGCCGGGAUCCCAGUGCUGGAUGCAGACCGGAUCGCUCACAGCGUCACAGAGAAGGGUCGCUGGGGCUACCGCCGCGUGGUGGCGGCGUUUGGGCCCACCAUCCUGCGCAGCGAUGGCGAGAUUGACCGCGAGGCGCUGGCGGCGCUCGUGUUCCACGAUGCCCAGCAGCGCCGGCGCCUGAAUGCCGCCACCCACCCCGCCGUCGGCGCAGAGCUGGCGCGCCUCGCGCUGCUCGCCUGGCUGCGGUGCCGCCCGGUGCUUGUAGUCGACAUGCCUCUUCUGUUCGAAACGGGCUUCGCGAGGCUCACCAGCCCCAACGUGCUGGUGGCGUGCAGCCCCGCAAUCCAGCUGCAGCGGCUCAGGGAGCGGGAUGGGCUGGCACAGGCGGCAGCACAGGCACGCAUCGCUGCACAGAUGCCGGUGGAGGCCAAGCGGCGGCUGGCGGGCGUGGUGCUGGAGAAUGACGGCACCCAGCAGGAGCUGAGGGCACAGUGGGUGAAUGGAAGCGAGGCAGCAGCGCAGUCCUCAUAA